AUCCGAGCUUCCUUCUGGUCGCGAGGCCCCCAUGCUCCUGCCAUGGCUAACAGGACUAGGGACCGGAAUGGUCUUCCUGCACUUCGUGCAGAAACUCCUGUUCCCUUACUUCUGGGACGACUUUUGGUACUUGCUGAAGGUGAUACGCUAUGGAGUUCGGCUGGAGAUGUGCAGACUGAAAGGGGAGCUGGUCACUGUCCUGGAUAAAUUCCUGAGCCAUGCCAAGAAGCAGCCCCAGAAGCCUUUCAUCAUCUACGAGGGAGACAUCUACACCUAUCAGGAUGUGGAUAAAAGGAGUAGCAGAGUGGCGCACGUCUUCCUGAACCAUUCCACGCUGAAAAGGGGGGACACAGUGGCCCUGCUGAUGAGCAAUGAGCCCGACUUCGUCCACGUGUGGUUCGGCCUGGCCAAGCUGGGCUGCGUGGUGGCCUUCCUCAACUCCAACAUUCGCUCCAACUGCCUCCUGCAUUGCAUCCGUAGCUGCGAGCCCCGGGCCCUUGUGGUGGGCGCAGAUUUGCUUGGAACUAUAGAAGAAAUCCUUCCGAGCCUCCCAGAAGGUAUCAGUGUUUGGGGGAUGAAAGAUUCUGUUCCACAAGGUGUAAUUUCACUCAAAGAAAAACUGAGCACAGCAUCUGACAAGCCAGUGCCACAGAGCCACCAUGUUGCCUCAAGUCUCAGGUCUCCUUAUCUUUAUAUUUUUACCUCUGGAACAACAGGUCUACCAAAAGCUGCUGUGAUUAGUCAGCUGCAGGCUUUAAAGGGUUCUGCUGGGUUGUGGGCUUUUGGUUGUACUGCUGAUGACAUCAUUUAUAUAACCCUGCCUCUGUAUCAUAGUUCAGGAUCUCUUCUGGGAAUCGGUGGAUGUAUUGAGUUAGGUGCUACUUGUGUGUUAAAGAAGAAAUUCUCAGCAAGCCAAUUUUGGAAUGACUGCAAAAAGUAUAACGUGACUGUGUUUCAGUAUAUUGGAGAACUUUGUCGCUACCUUUGCAAACAACCUAAGAGAGAAGGAGAAAAGGAUCAUCAGGUGCGUUUGGCAGUUGGAAAUGGCAUGCGAAGUGAGGUAUGGAGAGAAUUUCUAGACAGAUUUGGAAACAUUAAGAUGUGUGAGCUUUAUGGAGCUACUGAAGGAAACAUUUGUUUCAUGAAUCACACUGGGAAAAUUGGAUCAGUCGGGAGAACAAAUUUCUUUUACAAACUUUUUUUCACUUUUGACUUGAUAAAGUAUGAUUUUCAGAAAGAUGAACCCGUUAGAAAUGAACAGGGCUGGUGUAGUCAUGUAAAAAAAGGAGAACCUGGACUUCUCAUUUCUCGAGUGAAUGCAAAGAAUCCCUUCUUUGGUUAUGCUGGGAAUAAGAAGCACACAGAGAAAAAAUUGCUCUGUGAUGUGUUUAAGAAGGGAGAUGUUUACUUUAACACAGGAGAUUUAAUUGUCCAAGAUCAGGAGAAUUUCCUAUAUUUUUGGGACCGUAUUGGAGACACGUUCAGAUGGAAAGGGGAAAAUGUUGCAACCACAGAGGUUGCUGACACUAUUGGAAAGCUGGAUUUCAUACAGGAAACAAACGUCUAUGGUGUGGCUGUGCCAGAUUAUGAAGGAAAAGCAGGAAUGGCCUCUAUUAUUUUAAAACCAAAUAAGUCUUUAGACUUGGAAAAAGUUUAUGAACAAGUUGUAACGUAUCUACCAGCUUAUGCCUGCCCGCGAUUCUUAAGAAUUCAGGAAAAGAUGGAAACGACAGGGACAUUCAAACCACAGAAGUUUCAGUUGGUGGAAGAAGGAUUUAGUCCAUUGAAAAUUUUGGAUCCACUUUAUUUCAUGGAUAACUUGAAAAAAUCUUAUGUUCCAUUGACCAAAGAACUUUAUGAUCAAAUAAUAUUAGGGGAGAUCAAACUUUAAGAUAUUUUAUAUAUGGCAUUUUCAUAUGCUUUCUUAGGAGAAGUGAGAGUAUCUGAUUCUUUAAUAUGAAAUGGGGAAAGGGAACUGACAUUAAUUAAGUGCUAUAUUUCCUUAAUAUGCAACAGCUUUUCUUUAGGUAAGAAGUUUAAUUUGUUUUAAUUGAUAACAAACUUUACUUGGUUAUUCUUUUUACCUCUUUGGGGAUUCAGUGCAUAACUAAAUAUUUGCCUUAAUCUUAAAGAUUUUAAAUAAUAAGUGGUUAACAGUUUAGACACUUACUAAAAAUGUACUUUUAAAUAUUUAAAGUUUCUAGUUUUGAAUAAAUCAUUAAAUUAUACUCAAAUAAUUGGUUUUCAUGUGCCCUUUCCUAUAUUACUCAAUAAAACCAUCUUCA